AACUGAGAAGGCAACAAAUUUCAAACCAAUGGUUUGAGUUAUUUUUUUGCCUCUGGAUACUAUGAAGCAGACGACUGCCUUAACAGAGAUGAUAGCUUCUAAGGAUUUUACGCUGAUACGGGAUAGGAAGGAAUUUGAUAUAUGUGUCCGAGAGAGGAUGGAGGGUGAGCUGGAUCGCGUGCGGACUCGAGAGAGGCUGGAAGCGACACUCGCAGGACUGGGUGAACUGGAAUACCUUCGACAGAGGCAGGAAUUACUGGUCCGAAAUGUCUUAAACCAUAGGGAGAGUGUCAGUGCAACUGGAGAGGAUAAAGUGUGUGUGGUAGCUGAGGAGAACUACCUGAGCACAGAGGAAAAACUUCUGGAGGAGAAUAUUUUAUUGCUGAGAAAACAGCUGAACUGUCUCAGGAGGAGGGACGCUGGUUUGAUCAAUCAACUGCAGGAGCUGGACAGACAAAUCAGUGACCUCCGUCUGGACACAGAAGCAACACAUGAGCAUGCGGAGAUGGACAGCCGGCCAAGCUCAGGUUUUUAUGAGCUGAGUGAUGGGGCUUCAGGCUCUCUCUCUAACUCCUCCAACUCUGUCUUCAGCGAGUGUUUGUCCAGCUGUCGUUCCAGCACCUGCCUCUGUGCCCCCCUCGACACAUCGCUGUGUGCCUCUGAGGGGCGACCCAAACCUUCAGACGAGCUCGUUGCGUGUACAGAAUGUGAAGCCCACUGUGAGGACCAGGGUUCUGGAACAGUCCGCAGGUCGCUCUCUUCCCCUUACUCUCCCUCUUUGGAUGGCUCGUCUGACGGCCAGUCCAAAUACCACUGUGACCUGAUUGUGAAGAAUGGGACAGACGUGUACCGCUACCCCAGCCCCCUCCACGCCGUGGCAGUACAGAGUCCCAUAUUUUUCCAGUCCAUAACCAACCAUCUGAAAGACGAAGGCAGCCUUUCAAAGGCUCCCGAUGCCUCGGAUGAGGGCCAGAAGUCUGAUCAGCUGCUGGCAUCUCAGAACGCGUCUUGGACAGCAUCUCAUACGCCCUCCAACAAAAGACUGGACAAUUAUAUCUUUGGGUUACUCCAGAGAAGGGCGCAGCCCAUAAGGACCAACAAACCAAGGACAAGCAUUAAUACAGACCCUUCCAAGAGCAUUUUACGACAAGCCAGUCUGUGUGUGCGGACGCCUGCCGCUGCACAGCCACAAGGAUGGACCCCUGACUUUAAGCCAAACUGGCAGACAAGUUUACAAGGAUCAGCAGCGGCUAACAUUGAACUUAAUACAAUGUCUCCUCAGAGACAGUGGUCUGUCGAGUCCAAAGGAGAACUCUUUGAGAGUGGGGCUUCUUAUUCUGUAAACCAACCUCAAAAUGGAUAUUUAAUAAACAGUGACAUUGGUACCAACAGUCUCUUGAAAAAGAAAAGCUCUCUGAACAAUAAAGGUCAACCUUUAACCAUGGCGCCUAAGGAUUUCCAGGAUCCUGGCAGCCCUAAUGCAGUUUGUUCCCCCAAACACAGCAAGAUUCCUUAUUAUCCCACCAAGGAAGACAAUAAAUCAACACAGACAAUGAAGACAGGCACUCCAAACAAGAGCCCCAAAGCUCAGGCUUCAGACCCUUCGUGUACUGGUAAAAAAGACGACCGAGUGGUACCCGACCAGAUGAGUCUGGGGUCAUCAUCUCAGAGCCAAGAUGAAGGCGGGCACAUGGUAAAUGCUCAGUACAUCCCAGCCCAAAAACAGUCUGUCAAACUCCGAAAGGGAGGAGGCAAGAAUGUCAAGAUCGUCAAGGUGAAGAACGCCACGCCAGCGAAACCCAAGGCCCAUGGGGAGCUGGCGGUAGAAGCGAACCGAGACAGGCAUCGAACGGGGUCUAGGAAGUCUCGCCCUUUGGAGGAUCCUCCUCUACCGCACAAAGCUUCCAAAAAGCCCUCCUGCAAGGCUAGGAGGAUCCCGGCUCCUAUUCCAGAAGGCCGAGUGUUGGAGAGGCACACACCAUCAGCGACAGGCAGAUCAUCUUCCCACAGGCACCAUGGGCACCACGGACACCAUGGAAGAGACGUGGUGUUGGCCAAACCCAAGUACAAGCGAAAUGACUACCGCCGACUUCGGGCCAUCACGGAGGUACCGUAUGAAGAGGCCUACAGGAGAGCCCAUCGCAGGCAGAAACGGGAGAUGCUCAGUCAGAUGUCCGCCAUGUACUUACCAUCGAAUGUACAGUUCACCAGCCCCUACGCCUACGUUGGCAGCGACUCGGAGUACUCGGCUGAGUGCGCCUCUCUGUUUCAUUCAACCAUCCUGGAUACGAGCGAGGACGAACGGAGCAACUACACCACUAACUGUUUUGGGGACAGCGAAUCCAGUGUCAGUGAGGGUGAUUAUGUGGCUGAGAGCAGCACUAGCAGUGACUCUGAAGGAAGUGCUGGGGUGAACUGGCCUCAACGUGGACAGGCAGCCACGGGAUCCUCAGGCCAGGCCAAGGCUUUUGUCAAAAUCAAGGCCUCCCAUAACCUGAAGAGAAAGAUCCUACGCUUCCGGUCAGGUUCUUUAAAACUCAUGACCACGGUGUGAGAGAGCGUUGAAUGGACUUCAUCAGGGGAUGCGCAGCCAAUCAAAUUGGCCUCCCUUGAUUCCAGCCCAA